AAACCCUAAAUUGAUUACUAUUCGAUUCAAUCCUUCUGUCUUCUCUUCCUCUUCAACGUUGCUCGGCUCAUCUUCUUCCCGACUCUUCGACUGAGCAUCAACGAUCGAGAGGAUCAGCAACCCUAAAAAUUUCUUCGUCUUCAACGACUCAGCCCAUUUCUUUGACUGCCGCGCCUCAGCUCGCUGCCGUGUCUGUGCUUUGUAAAAUUACAAGGAACCAAUAUUAGGUUUAGUAAACGGCGUCGUACGCAAUUUGUGUUAGGGGGACUUGGUUUAAACGCUAAUUAAUACGAGUACGGACUUAGUUUCGACGCUACACGGUUCGUUCCCUUCCUUCGCAUAAAUAACGUCGUUUCGUUUAUUUCUUCUUCCUUCAUCUGCCUCUGGCCUUUUUCCUCUUCGACCUCACUGCUUAUGUUCACAUAAUCGAUUACGUUCGAGAAUAGUUGAUAACUUUACUCAGUUGCAGCUGGGGAUAGAUAGGGAACGAUGUUUGGUUCUCCCAACCCUUUUGGGCAACCAUCUACUAGCCCAUUUGCAUCUCAACCAGUCUUUGGGCAGACUGCCAACGCAAGUAAUAAUCCUUUUGCACCGAAACCCUUCGGCAGUACAUCCCCAUUUGGCUCACAGACAGGAAAUACAGUAUUUGGUGGUACAUCAACGGGAGUGUUUGGGGCAGCCCAAUCUUCUUCUCCCUUUCCUUCCACCACAACGUUUGGUGGUUCAUCAUCACCAGCUUUUGGAUCUACUUUGUCUACUUUUGGAUCAUCAUCAACUCCUGCUUUCGGUAGUUCAUCAUCUUCAUCAUUUGGAGGUUCUUCCAUUUUUGGGCAGAAGCCCUUGUUUGGAGGCUUUGGAUCUACUCCUACUCAAACAAAUCCAUUUGGAAGUACAAACCAGCAAUCUCAGCCAGCAUUUGGAAGCAAUGUCUUUGGUUCUCCAUCACCUUUUGGUGCGCCUAGCCAGUCUGCAUUUGGAGCUACUAGCACCCCUGCCUUUGGUACCACAAGCAACCCUGCCUUUGGUGCCGCGAGCACCCCUGCAUUUGGCGCCACAAGCACCCCAGCAUUUGGUGCCGCAAGCACCCCAGCGUUUGGCGCUACAAGCAGUCCUGCCUUUGGCUCAACAAGCACACCUGCCUUUGGUAGUACUGGGAAUGCAUUUGGUUCACUAAGCACCCCUGUUUUUGGAUCUGGAGGUGGAUUUGGUGCUUCUAGUACUCCCGCUUUUGGAGCUUCAAGUACUCCUGCUUUUGGGGCUUCAAGUGCUCCUGCUUUUGGAGCUUCUAGCACUCCGUCCUUUAGCUUUGGGUCCACUCCAGCUUUUGGACAGUCUACUUCUGCAUUUGGUAGUAGUACUUUUGGUACUAGUACAUCCCCUUUUGGUGCCCAGAGUUCUCCUUUUGGAGCACAGUCGACAUCUACAUUUGGGACCAGUGGUUUUGGGCAAGCUGGUUUUGGUGGUCAGCGAGGUGGCAGUAGAGUCACUCCUUAUGCACCAACAACUGAGCCAGAUGCUGGAAGUGGCAGUACUCAAGCAGCUGGAAAGUUGGAGUCUAUAUCCGCCAUGCCUGUCUACAAAGAUAAAAGUCACGAAGAGUUGAGAUGGGAGGAUUAUCAAUUGGGGGACAAAGGUGGACCUCUUCCAGCUGGUCAGUCUGCUGGUGGUGCUGGCUUUGGUGUUUCUAGUGCACAGCCCAACCCUCUAGCUCCUUCAACAUUUGGUCAAUCAAGUCCAAAUCCUUUUUCUACAGCCACAUCAACCAAUCCAUUUGCCCCCAAACCUUCGGGUUUUGGUACUUUUGGACCUUCGACGACGUUUUCAUUUAAUUCUUCAGCAUUUGCUCCCUCCUCUUCAUCAAACCCCUUUGCAUCAACUACAGCAGCAUCAACGUCAGCUUUUUUAUCGUCAACAACCUCUCAAUUUGGCAGCUCAUCCUUAUUCAGUUCAUCUAACACUCAACCCCUUGCCUCACAAUCUGCUUUUAGUUCAACUACAUCUCCAGGAACAAAUCUUACGUUUCCGUCCAGCUUAAAUUUUGGUAAUACUCAAUCAUCUUCCCUCUUCCAAUCCACAACACCUGCAAUUGGGCAGACAGGUCCAGCUUUUGGCGCUCCCUUUUCACAAUCCAGCUUGUUUAGUCAACCUUCGUCUGGGGUUGGAGGGAAUCUUUUCUCUAGCUCGCCAUCACUCCUAACUUCAAGCAAUCCAAUGGGUUUUGGUCAAACAUCUACCUCUUUCUCUAUGCCUUUUCAACCAGCACAAGCACAGGCACCCACUUCCUUUUUUAGCAACUUGGGUCAGGCUCAACCAAUUGGUUCAAGUGGUUUUGGAGGCACUUCAAGCAUUUUUGGCCAGAGUACCUUUGGACAAUCGCCUAUCACCCAAAGCUCCGUAGUACAACCAGCACCGGCUACAAAUCCAUUUGGGACACUCCCUGCAAUGCCACAGAUGUCAAUUAGUAGACCAGGAGCAGCACCUUCUAUUCAAUAUGGAAUUUCCAGCAUGCCGGUUGUUGACAAAGCGGCUCCAGUCAGAAUAUCAUCUUUCUUGACGCCUCGCCACCUAUCUCACAGACGGAUGAGAUUGCCUGUGAGAAAAUAUAACCCUAAGAACGAUGGCAGUCCAAGGGUUCCAUUUUUCAGCGAUGAUGAAGAAACACCAAGCACUCCUAAGGCCGAUGCUCUUUUUAUUCCCAGAGAGAAUCCUAGAGCAUUGGUUAUUCGUCCCACGGAUCAGUGGCCUUCAAAAGCCAAUUUAGAUAAAUCUUUGCCAUCAAAGGACACCACAGUGCGUGAAAAUGGGAAGAUUGCUGAACAUACUUCCUCGGCUGUCAACAAAUUGAAGGAUACCAAUGGAAAUGUUGUUGAGAAUGGUACUAGCAAAGACAACAUCCAUCUUAACAAAGUUAACCAAAAACCCAACGGGGUCCAUGAAGAUCACUCUGCUCCAAAGGAGGACUUGUAUAGGACAUUUGCAGGGCACAGAGCUGGUGAGGCGGCCAUUGUUUACGAACAUGGGGCAGAUAUUGAGGCAUUAAUGCCAAAGCUCCGGCAUUCAGACUAUUAUACCGAGCCGAAAAUUCAAGAAUUAGCUGCCAAAGAAAGGGCCGAACCUGGGUUUUGCCGCCAUGUUAAAGAUUUUGUGGUGGGUCGUCAUGGUUAUGGAAGCAUCAAAUUCUUUGGUGAAACAGAUGUGCGAAGGCUCGAUCUAGAGUCCAUAGUUCAGUUCAACAAUCGGGAAGUGAUUGUCUACCUCGACGAGAGUAAAAAGCCUCCUUGUGGGCAAGGUCUGAAUAAGCCUGCUGAAGUAACAAUACUCAACAUCAAAUGCGUAGACAAGCAAACUGGGCAUCAAUAUACAGAAGGGCCUAAAGUUGAGAAAUACAAGGAGUUGCUAAGGAAGAAGACAGAGGCUCAAGGUGCCGAGUUCGUAUCGUACGAUCCAGUGAAAGGAGAGUGGAAGUUCAGGGUUGAACACUUCAGCAGGUAUAAUAUGGAAGAUAAUGAGGAACUUGAAGAUUGGGAAUGAGUGUUCAUUGUUCAUGAGGGAGCUUAUGCAAUGCAAGUUGGUUGCUGUUUCCUGCUUUGUACUUUAGGGAUUUUGUGUUGAAUGUGCUUUGAAAUGAAUCUGUAAAGAAAUAUGUUCAAAUAGUAAUGAAGUGCUAAGUUCUUUCUUUUUACCUUGUAGUUAGGAGUCUGUAUUGGCCUUCAAGUUUGCUUUCUAAUUCAGUGCAGUGCUGUAGUUGAAAGGAUUUGUUUACAUUCAUUUGUGUUAUUGAUAAUGAUGUAACCCAGAUGGUUCUUUUUGAACUUUCAAUUAAAUACUUAGGUGCCAAAA